ACCACUCCGCGCUGCAGGCGAGAGUGGCAGACGGAGGCAGCCCGGGGAAGCGAGCCGGAGCGGCGCCCGCACUGAGGCGGCUGCAGUGCUGACACCACUCAGGGCAAGGGUCUCCGACGGCUGGAGCGUUCUGUUUUGAACCCAAAGUGGAUGAUGCUGUCAGAGCUGAACCACUGAAAGGAGGCUGUGAAAAUUUCCCAUCUUCUCAUUGGCCAUCAGUUGAGAUAAGAUGGAAGACUCUUACAAGGAUAGGACUUCACUGAUGAAGGGUGCCAAGGACAUUGCCAGAGAGGUGAAGAAACAAACAGUAAAGAAGGUGAAUCAAGCUGUGGACCGAGCCCAGGAUGAAUACACCCAGAGGUCCUACAGUCGGUUCCAAGAUGAAGAAGAUGAUGAUGACUACUACCCGGCUGGAGAAACCUAUAAUGGUGAGGCCAACGAUGACGAAGGCUCAAGUGAAGCCACUGAGGGGCAUGAUGAAGAUGAUGAGAUCUACGAGGGGGAGUAUCAGGGCAUCCCCAGUAUGAACCAAGCGAAGGACAGCAUCGUGUCAGUGGGGCAGCCCAAGGGCGAUGAGUACAAGGACCGGCGGGAGCUGGAAUCAGAAAGGAGAGCUGACGAGGAAGAGUUAGCCCAGCAGUAUGAGCUGAUAAUCCAAGAAUGCGGUCAUGGUCGUUUUCAGUGGGCCCUUUUCUUCGUCCUGGGCAUGGCUCUUAUGGCAGACGGUGUAGAGGUGUUUGUCGUUGGCUUCGUGUUACCCAGUGCUGAGACAGACCUCUGCAUCCCAAAUUCAGGAUCUGGAUGGCUAGGCAGCAUAGUGUACCUCGGGAUGAUGGUGGGGGCAUUCUUCUGGGGAGGACUGGCAGACAAAGUGGGAAGGAAACAGUCUCUUCUGAUUUGCAUGUCUGUCAACGGAUUCUUUGCCUUCCUUUCUUCAUUUGUCCAAGGUUAUGGCUUCUUUCUCUUCUGUCGCUUACUUUCUGGAUUCGGGAUUGGAGGAGCCAUACCCACUGUGUUCUCAUACUUUGCUGAAGUGCUGGCCCGGGAAAAGCGGGGCGAACACCUGAGCUGGCUCUGCAUGUUCUGGAUGAUCGGUGGCAUCUACGCCUCUGCCAUGGCCUGGGCCAUCAUCCCGCACUACGGGUGGAGCUUCAGCAUGGGAUCGGCCUACCAGUUUCACAGUUGGCGUGUGUUUGUCAUCGUCUGUGCACUCCCCUGUGUCUCCUCCGUGGUGGCCCUCACAUUCAUGCCUGAAAGCCCACGAUUCUUGUUGGAGGUUGGAAAACAUGAUGAAGCUUGGAUGAUUCUGAAGUUAAUUCAUGACACCAACAUGAGAGCCCGGGGUCAGCCUGAGAAGGUCUUCACGGUAAACAAAAUAAAAACUCCUAAACAAAUAGAUGAGCUGAUUGAAAUUGAGAGUGACACAGGAACAUGGUAUAGGAGGUGUUUUGUGCGGAUCCGCACCGAGCUGUACGGAAUUUGGCUGACUUUUAUGAGAUGUUUCAACUACCCAGUCAGGGAUAAUACAAUAAAGCUUACAAUUGUUUGGUUCACCCUGUCCUUUGGGUACUAUGGAUUAUCUGUUUGGUUCCCUGAUGUCAUUAAACAUCUGCAGUCCGAUGAAUAUGCAUUGCUAACCAGAAAUGUGGAGAGAGAUAAAUAUGCAAAUUUCAGUAUUAACUUUACAAUGGAAAAUCAGAUUCAUACUGGAAUGGAAUACGACAAUGGCAGAUUCAUAGGGGUCAAGUUCAAAUCUGUGACUUUCAAAGACUCCGUUUUUAAGUCCUGCACCUUUGAGGAUGUAACUUCAGUGAACACCUACUUCAAGAACUGCACAUUUAUUGACACUGUUUUUGACAACACAGAUUUUGAGCCAUAUAAAUUCAUUGACAGUGAAUUUAAAAACUGCUCGUUUUUUCACAACAAGACGGGAUGUCAGAUUACCUUUGAUGAUGACUAUAGUGCCUACUGGAUUUAUUUUGUCAACUUUCUGGGGACAUUGGCAGUAUUGCCAGGGAACAUUGUGUCUGCUCUGCUGAUGGACAGAAUUGGGCGCUUAACAAUGCUAGGUGGCUCUAUGGUGCUUUCGGGGAUCAGCUGUUUCUUCCUUUGGUUCGGCACCAGUGAAUCCAUGAUGAUAGGCAUGCUGUGUCUGUACAAUGGAUUGACCAUCUCAGCCUGGAACUCUCUUGACGUGGUCACUGUGGAACUGUACCCCACAGACCGGAGGUCAACAGGCUUUGGCUUCUUAAAUGCGCUAUGCAAGGCAGCAGCCGUCCUGGGAAACUUAAUAUUUGGCUCUCUGGUCAGCAUCACCAAAUCAAUCCCCAUCCUGCUGGCUUCUACUGUGCUCGUGUGUGGAGGACUCGUUGGGCUGCGCCUGCCUGACACACGAACCCAGGUUCUGAUGUAAUGGGAAAAAAAGCCAUCCUUCCUGCGUUUCUUCCUCCUGCCCUGGGUCAAUUCUCCUUCCUGACUCAAGGCUUCAGAGUUUUCCUAUAUAGAAAGGUGAUCAAGUAUCAGAACAUAAACACGUGCUGUGACUUAAAAUUUAGAAGCAUAUCAUCUUGCCCCUUUGUGAUUUUGCACAGGUUGUUUGUUUGUUUUGUUUGAAUGCAUUGUUAUCUUUCCAAACUGUGAUGCUACUGCCUCCCGCAAAUCAGUGGAAGCAUUUCUAAAAUGCCCUAGGCAGCCAGGCUUCCCUGGGGUUCUGCUCAUUGAAAGUUUAGAAGCUAAGAAGACUGGGCUGGUGUAAGAAAUAGAUCCUGCUCCUAAUUUAACAUUAACAGGAAAUAUAAGUCGGCACAUUAUUGCAUUUGUGCUGAGAAGAGGGAUUCUUUUUUUUUUUUUUUUUCUAACAGAGUGAUAUUUCCUGUUUACUUAGGAAAGGACACCCAGUAAUUCUCACUGUUAUAGCAGAGCCUUUCAAAGAAAACCAUGUGGCACCAAACAGGGCUGGGUGGGGCUCUUUGGGGCAAGACAAUUAAGGUGACUCUGCUGACAAGAAAAAUAAAAGCUUUGCAAUUAGCAGCAAAAA